ACAUUAACAAAGUAACACGGUGUGAGCGAUAGAGACUUCAGACAGAUAGACAAUGGGAUAGAGUGGGAGAGAUAUAUGUAGAGCUCCGUUUUCUGGUUGGUGAAACUGAAACUUAAAUUCAGAGCCCAAAAAUAAAAUAAAAUAAAAUGGCGGUGCAUUCGCUCUGUGUCUCAGCAUUCUCAGCUCUGAGCUCCUUCUCUACUUGUACCAGUACCAAACCCUCUCAUUCUCUUCCCAUUCCCAGUCUUUCGUUUCUCAACUUGCGCUCCCGAAGCCACGACGGCGUUUCAUGCUCUUGGUUUCCCACACUCAACCAAAACAAUCUGCCGCGUAGACUCAGAAAGCUGAGGUCGGCAGACGAAGAAACCACAGUUCCUGAGCAAGAAGAUGAGCAACCCACCUCCCAACAAGAAGCUGAUGGAGAACCAUCCUCUUCCUCCGAAGAACAGGACCAGCAGCCUGUUUCGGUCCCCGUUUCUCCUUCCGACACUCUUACUAUGUUCUUUCAGGCAGAUGGCACAUUGAGUGACUCAGCUAUCCCUGCAGUGACCAAAGCGUUAGAGGAAACAGAGGGUAUUGCCAAUUUGAAGGUUCAAGUUGUUGAGGGUAUUGCAAGUGUUGAGCUGACAAAGCUAACAACGGUACAAGCAACAGGGGUAGCUUCCAGUUUGGUCGAGAUCAUACAAGGUUCAGGCUUCAAGCUACAAACAUUGAAUUUGAGUUUUGAGGAUGAAGAGAGUGUGGCUGUCUAGAUCAUGCAUACAGAUCUAGAAAACACUGAAUUCCAUAAAAAUGAGAAAUUUUAUGUUAGAAAGCUCUGUCCUUGGAUUCUUGGUCUCAUUCUUGGUUUCUUCUGUGCAUCUGGUUGGGAAGUGUACUGUAUUAAUUGAGCAUUGGUAGUUUUAUAGGCUGAUUUCUACCUUGCUUUGGAGAACUUGAGUUUGUAUUGUUCAGAUAGUGGAUUAAUUAUAUCAAUUUGGUGAGAUAGUUUACACAAUGAAAGUCUUUGAUUA